UCUUGCGCGAUUGCGAUGCUCCACCGGCUCCUUCGGGCCCUUCGGUCCGUCCGAUGGAAGCAAACGUCACACCCUCCAACAACCCUUCUAACCCACACAUCGGCUAUCGGCCACGCUGCGUUCGAUUUCGAUUUUCAAGCUCACCCAACGGCGCUCAGUACCAUCGGAACACUGGUCGACAUCGGAACGGUAGCACUAGAAGCGUCCCACAAGUUUGUGAAAGAUCUAGCAGUACCGGACGUUGCUGAGACUGUACCACGUACGAAGGCACCUGGUGAACGAUACAAUUGUACAGACAGUAUGCUGAGCGGUGCAAAGAUCCUGUCCGGCACGGAUGUGGCCAAGGAAAUACGAGAGCGGCUGAAGAAGGAGGUGGCCGAAAUCAGGCGCCAGGUACCGACGCUUGUUCCCGGCCUAGCGAUCGUACAGGUCGGUGGGCGCGAGGACUCGAAUGUGUACAUCCGGAUGAAGAUUAAAGCGGCGGAAGAGAUCGGUAUGUACGCUGAGCAUGUUCAGCUACCGCGUUCUACCACGCAGGACGAGCUGUUGGCAACGGUCAAACGACUCAACGAGGAUCCCUGCUUCCAUGGCAUCAUCGUACAGAUGCCGCUUGACUCGGAGACACCGAUCGAUGCACAUCUCAUCACGGACGCCGUCUCGCCGGAAAAGGAUGUCGAUGGACUGAACACCAUCAACGAGGGACGUGUUGCUACCGGUGACAUGUCCGGCUUUUUGCCCUGCACACCCAAUGGUUGCAUGGAACUGAUAAAACGCACCGGCACUCCGAUUGCUGGCUCGUACGCGGUGGUGAUCGGACGCAGCAAGAUCGUCGGAACGCCGAUGUCGGAGUUGCUCAAGUGGGCCGAUGCCACCGUUACUGUGGCUCAUUCGAAAACGAAGAAUCUUAAUUUGCUGAUCAAGAAGGCGGACAUACUGGUGGUAGCCGUCGGACGGCCGGAAAUGGUGCGGGGCGCAUGGAUCAAGCCCGGUGCCGUUGUAAUUGAUUGCGGCAUCAACUCUAUCCCGGACCCGACCAAGAAGAGUGGCCAACGGUUGGUGGGUGACGUGAAGUACGAGGAAGCACUGCCCGUUGCCUCGCACGUUACACCGGUACCGGGAGGCGUUGGACCGAUGACGGUCGCAAUGCUGAUGCAAAACACCGUUCAGUCUGCGCAGAGAGUUGCUCGACGAUUGAUCGAGAUGGAGUUCCGCUGGUGCCUGAAACCGUUGCCCCUCAAGCUAACCGAACCGGUUCCCAGUGAUAUCGACAUUGCGCGUGCACAGGAGCCCAAGGAUGUGUCGAUACUGGCGCAGGAGAUAGGUUUGAUCCCGUCAGAGGUAUCGCUGUACGGUACGAAGAAGGCAAAAGUAUCGCUGAAGGUGCUGGAGCGUCUCCAGUACGAGGAUGAUGCGAAAUAUGUCGUGGUGGCGGGAAUAACGCCAACCCCUCUCGGUGAAGGCAAGAGCACCACUUUGGUCGGUUUGGUGCAGGCUCUAACAGCGCACAAGCGUUGCAACUCGAUUGCCUGCCUGCGACAACCCUCACAAGGACCAACGUUCGGUAUCAAGGGUGGUGCAGCCGGCGGUGGCUACUCGCAAGUGAUCCCGAUGGAAGACUUCAAUCUUCAUCUGACCGGUGACAUUCAUGCGGUUACGGCGGCGAACAAUCUGCUCGCAGCCCAGCUGGACGCACGCAUCUUUCACGAAGCGACGCAAACCGAUCAGGCCCUGUACGAACGUUUGGUACCGGCCGUGAAGGGUUCUCGCAAGUUUGCCCCUAUUCAGUUGCGCCGGUUGAAGCGGCUGGGCAUCGAGAAGACGGACCCGUACGCGCUUACCCCGGACGAGAUCCGACGCUUCGCUCGGCUAAACAUUGAUCCGCACAAUGUCGUGUGGACGCGCGUGCUGGACGUGAACGAUCGGUAUCUGCGCAAGAUCACCAUCGGUCUGUCACCGACGGAGAAAAAUUUGACGCGUGACACCAGCUUUGCGAUUUCUGUGUCGAGCGAGAUAAUGGCCAUCCUGGCACUGGCUACCGGGCUGGAAGACAUGAAGCAGCGUUUGGCGAAGAUGGUGGUGGCGUUUGACAAGACCGGUGCUCCGGUGACCGCGGAUGAUUUGGGCGUUACGGGCUCGAUGAUGGUGCUGCUGAAGGAUGCGAUCGAGCCGACGUUAAUGCAGACGCUCGAAGGUACACCGGUGCUGGUGCAUGCCGGGCCGUUUGCCAAUAUCGCACACGGUUGCUCAUCGAUCGUGGCCGAUGAUAUCGGUAUGAAGCUGGCGGGCAAGCGCGGUUACGUUGUAACUGAGGCCGGUUUCGGCUCGGACAUAGGUAUGGAGAAGUUCUUCAACAUCAAGUGCCGUGCAUCGGGCAAGGUGCCGAAUGCGGUCGUGCUGGUGACGACGGUACGAGCGCUUAAAAUGCACGGCGGUGGUCCGAUCGUGACGGCCGGCGCACCAUUAAGACGCGAGUAUAUGAGCGAAAAUCUCGAUCUGCUAGAAAAAGGACUGCCGAAUCUGCUGAAGCACAUCGAAAAUGGUCUGAAGUACGGUGUACCGGUGGUGGUAGCGAUCAACGCUCACGGUACAGAUACGGCGGCCGAACAUGAGCUUGUACGAAAGGCGGCGAAGGAAGCCGGUGCUUUCGAUGCGAUCGUAUCGAAUCACUGGGGGAAGGGUGGAGAAGGAGCGGUCGAGCUCGCCCAGGCCGUCAUCGAUGCGUGCAAUCGUCCGUCGGAGUUUAAGCUACUGUACGAGGUGGACAUGCCGAUCGAGGACAAGAUCAUUCGUAUCGCUAAGGAGAUGUACGGUGCCGGUACGAUCGAGCUGAACAGCAAGGUCCGGGACGCCAUCCGUCUCUACACGGAGAAGGGUUUCGGAAAGCUUCCAAUUUGCAUGGCCAAAACGUCCAUGUCGCUGACCGGGGAUCCGAGCGUGAAGGGUGCUCCGAAGGACUUCAAACUGGUCAUCAACGACAUCUGCCUAUCGGCUGGAGCUGGGUUCAUUGUGCCAAUGUGUGGGGAGAUAUCGAAAAUGCCGGGUCUUCCAACCCGUCCAUCUAUUUUCGACAUUGACCUAAACACCGAGACGGGUGAAAUCGAAGGACUCUUCUGA